AUGGCUGCUAGUGAUGGUGCUGGUGGCUGGAGAGGGAUGAAGUUUGGCAUGCAAGUGUUUAUGGGGCGGUGGUUCAUGGUCUUUGCCUCACUCUUGAUCAUGGCCGUGGCUGGUGCAACCUACAUCUUUGGUCUAUACUCUAACGACAUCAAGACAUCGUUAGGCUAUGACCAAUCCACUUUAAAUUUGCUAAGCUUCUUCAAGGACCUGGGUGGCAAUGUUGGAGUCUUGUCAGGGCUCAUCAAUGAAGUUUCCCCUCCGUGGGUGGUUCUAUCUAUGGGUGCAAUCAUGAAUUUUUUUGGCUACUUUAUGAUUUGGCUUGCUGUUGCUGGCCAUAUUGCCAAGCCAAAAGUUUGGCAGAUGUGCCUUUAUAUCUGUAUUGGUGCAAAUUCACAAUCAUUUGCCAAUACUGGAGCUCUAGUAACUUGUGUUAAGAACUUCCCAGAAAGCAGAGGCAGUGUUUUGGGCCUCUUGAAGGGUUUUGUUGGUCUUAGCGGUGCAAUUAUAACACAACUUUACCAUGCUUUCUAUGGAAAUAAUUCGAAGGCACUUAUCCUGCUUAUUGCUUGGCUUCCAGCUGUUGUUUCUUGCCUAUUUCUCGGGACAAUUCGGAUAAUAAAGAUCGUUCGCCAAGCUAAUGAGCUCAAAGUUUUCUACAGAAUCUUCUACAUUUCGCUUCUCCUUGCCGGUUUUCUCAUGGUUUUGAUUAUCAUACAAAACAGGCUCAGUUUUAACAGAAUUGAGUAUAUUGGAAGCGCGUCUGUCGUUCUUAUUUUACUUUUCCUCCCUGUAGCUGUAGUUAUAAAAGAAGAAUACGAUCUCUGGAAAAGCCAAAAAGCAGCCUUGAAUGAGCCUUCUACUGUAAAAGUAGAGAUUGAAAAUCCACCACGGUCGUCAUUGGAGGCAUUACCCCUUCCAGCUGCUGCCGAGAAGCAAACUUCUUGCCUGGACAAUAUUUUCAGGCCACCAGACAGAGGUGAAGACUACACAAUACUGCAAGCACUCUUCAGCCUUGACAUGUUAGUAUUGUUCAUUGCAAUAACUUGUGGAGUUGGUGGCACUUUAACAGCCAUAGACAACCUGGGUCAGAUUGGUAAUUCACUUGGCUACCCAGCUCGUAGCAUAACUACCUUUGUGUCACUCGUUAGCAUAUGGAACUAUCUAGGUCGAACAGUGGCUGGUUUCGCCUCCGAAAUUUUGUUGACGAAGUACAAGAUCCCUCGUCCUCUGCUGCUUACAGCUGUGCUGCUUUUCUCUUGUGUUGGCCAUCUUCUUAUUGCCUUUCCUGUUCCAUAUUCUCUUUAUUUUGCGUCGGUGAUCAUUGGGUUCUGCUUUGGAGCACAAUGGCCAUUGCUGUUUGCCAUCAUAUCUGAAAUUUUCGGCCUUAAGUACUAUUCUACCUUGUAUAAUUUAGGUGCUGUUGCGAGCCCAGUUGGUUCGUAUGUUCUCAGUGUGAAAGUGGCUGGUCAAUUGUAUGAUAAAGAGGCAUUGAAGCAAAUGGAGGCUUCCGGUCUUGCCAGAGGAGCAGGGCAGGACUUGACAUGCACUGGUGUGCAGUGUUACAGAAUGGCUUUUAUUAUUAUCACUGCAGCAACAUUAUUUGGAUGCCUCGUUUCGUUUAUUUUGGUGCUUAGGACCAGAAACUUCUACAAAGGUGAUAUCUACAAGAAAUUCAGAGAGGAAGCCAAGUCUGCUGAGUAUGGUGUGGGUUCAGCUGGAAACGGCACUGUACAUUUGACAGAGAUAAAAUCUGAAGCCACAGCCCCUACCACUAGCUGCAGAAAAUAG